AUGAACGAAAAUAAAAAGUUGGAGAUCAUUCGGAAUAUGCUGCACACCCUCCUUGGAGAGUCGGACAAAGAAAGAGAAGACGACGGUGAUACGAGGGAAGAAAAAGUAUCAGAAGGAAAUAAUAAUCCUCUACAAUGCGACUCACGAGGUGAUCACCGCAACGUUUGUAAUGACACAGAGAAGGAACACAAGGAAAAAUAUAAUUUGAAGAAAAAGUAUGUAGAAAAAUCGAAAGAAGUAAUAUCUUUCUAUAGGAAUUACAUGAACAAGUCAGAACAAAAGGAGCUGGAAAAGUAUGCCAAUCUUUACGACAUCGUUUUAAAUAAUUCUUUCGAAUAUACAGAAAGGGAUAGCAUAGACACGUACAUGUAUUGCAACGUAUUCCCCAUGUUAAAAAAAACGUUUGACGCGUUCGUUCUCUACGUAAGCAAAUUAUAUGAACACAAAAAUGAUGCAAGCUACACAAAGAUUAUAAAAAAUUUGGAUCCAAUUUUUUUGUUCUCUCAAUAUAUUAUACGCUUGACGGAUGAGGAUUCUUCACAAAGUGAUAAGGAGAACAGCUUGUUUGAAGAAGAACUUAGUGGAUGCUUCUCUCCAGAGGGAGGGUUCCAAAAGAAAGUGACUCAUGAACUGGACAAACUUAUACAUGACGAAUGCUUCGUUACCACUGAUGAGAUGCCCACCAAUGGAACUGACCUGGACCAUACUACUGGUAGGAAAAGAAAGGACGAAGAAUUGACACAAGUGGAAAAAGAAAUUAACGAUUUUUACAACAACUAUGAUCUGGUGGAGGAGGAAAACAAAAUCAAAAAGACGCAAAAAAGAAGGGAUAUUUUGAAAUCCAUUUAUAGCAAGAAAAACGUUUUAUCAACCGAUGAAAUAGCCUUGUAUAAUUCCUACUAUGAGGAGCGUAUAAAAGUAAAAGGCAAGAAGGUGCUAACUGGUAGGCGCGACUCAUCACUCAUCCUCAACUUGGCUCCGACCAACUCGUUUGGAAAUGUCGCUGUACCGCCUAAUGCGUUUAACAUAACGCUCGAUUUGGAGGAGACGCGAGGGGGGAUAAGUGGUGAUGCAAGUGGUGCUAAUCACGCUGAUGGUAAUCAUAAUGGUGGUAAUCACGCUGGUGGUAAUGCAAGUGGUGGUGGAGAACUCCAGGUUAAGGAGAAGGGUCACCCCAACGUGGACACCCCUUGCGAUGACCACCCAGAUGGAGUAGGUGAAAACCUUGAUGAUCUAAUCAAACAACUGGAGCGAAGAGAAAGCUCCUACUUCGAAAAGAGGAUCCACUUUGUACUAGACAAAUGGGUCCGAGAAGAAGAUGGACGCAGACUCAUAAUCAAGCAAAAGGAUAAAAUAAAAUUAAUCUUCGAUGAAUUUAAAAAGAAAAACUAUACCAUCACAGAUAAAGACAUAAUUCCUUUGCUAUUCUACAUAGACAAAAAGUUAUUUCUAAAUUAUACCCUUGUACAUCAGUAUAAUUUUAACAAUUUCCACUAUAUAUUUUUUCUGCAUUCAUCUUUUUAUUGUUCCGAUACUAAUAGCAUUACGUUUGAAGAAUUAUGGACUUUCCUCGUUUCUAACCUUCCUCUAAAUUCCCACUUGUACAAGGAAGACAUUUUAAUUGGGCUGGAGAAAUUUUACAGAAAAAAAAAAAUGAUUCAAAAUUUUCAGUUCACCAUUACUUUUGUCAGAAACUUUCUUCUCUUUCUUCUCAUGGACAUAUUUUUAUUCCUCUCUCGUUUUGUCAAGCAGGAGUUAAGUCAUCACCCCCUUGGGCCUCUUGGCGGAAGCGGAAAUGUUGUGGGAAUUUCCUUAGCGCACAAUUUUUACCUCCAUAUGGAUUCCCUUUCUCCCUUCUUUUCCUCAUCCGAGGAAUCCUCCACUGAGGUGUUUUCCUCCAUGGAGAAAUUUCGCUCAGUUUGUGCACCCCCUUCAAUGCAUCGUGACAACGCUACCCAAGGAAUACAUGGCGGGGAUUCCCUCUCUGAGAAGGACGAAUCCGAAAAAACACUUCCUCCCUUUGACCCAAAGGAAAACAAUAAGUUAGGAUCCAGACAUAGUGAGAGUAAAUCAGUAACAUUGCACCCAGAGGGAUGCGUGAAAAGAAAUAUGUUUCUGCACCUGUUGAUGCUGCUUUGGGGAAUCAACAUAAAGAUGGAUGGUCUACAAGAGGAGAUUCUCAUUUCGGACGAGUUGUCCACGGACAUGGAGGGGGAGGGGGAGGCGGAGGACGCGAUAGAUGCGUUGGAUGGGGAUGGUGCAGUUGGGAAGAGUGCCUCGGCGAAGACCUAUGAAGAUGCACGAGCCCCAGAGGGAAACGACAAACCGUUACAUAGACGGACUCAUCAACAAAUUAACCCACAGCGCAAAAAGGAUGAACACGAAUUCAUCUCUAGAAGUGACGGGGAAAUAGCAAAAAAAGGAAUUUCAAACAAAUUGGCAAAAGGAAUGGCAUCGAAAAAAAGGAGUCUGUCAACGGACGGAGGAAACAGACAAUACAGUUUGAAAAAAACAUCAGUGGAAGAUGCAAUUAGACAUAAGAAAAAAAUAAAUGAAGACGAAUUAGAAGAAGAAAAAAAAAGGAAAGAAAAAAAACGCACUCAUGAUAUGUAUACAUUACGAAAAAAAUAUAAAAAAAAAAAUUAUAAAAAAAAACUCUCUAUUUUGGUGCACUCUAUUGUUAAAAAUAUUAAGCCCAGGAAAAAAAAUUAUUACAAUAAGCUCCUUCAAAUGUUGAAUGGCGGUGCGAAGCAAGUCUUUUGGGAUCUCUUUCUUCUUCCACUUGAGGGUUAUGAUCAAUUUACCACAGAUUAUGAUAUAGGAUGGGCAUUGGGCGGACUCGACGACACCACGGUCACUAGCACUGAUGGGUAUUCAACAUUUCGUGAAAGCGCAAGCGGCGAGGGAAGUAAGAACCACUUAGGUGACAGCUUACACGGUAGCCCCUCUUCUAGAAGCACCGAUUCAUUUACCCCCCGCUGCGGAAUGCACACUUUGAAGGGAGGCGGAGGAGGAGACCCCUCCAAAAUACCCUUUUUCCCAGAAGAUGAAAUUUUCCCGCAAGUGGAAAAUUUCAUUCAAACGUACAUCAAAAAGAGAAGGAAAAAAAAGUCCUCCGACGGGGAUCACAAAAAGGGGGACAUAACAAUAGAGGAGUUAAAAUCAAGUGCCUCUCCCCAAAAAAGGAGCAACUCAUCCAUCCGCCUCCUGUGUAGCUUCAGAUUGUACAAGAAAAAAUUCCUGAAUAAAUUUACAACGGAGCAUAUUUACUUGCUACUCCUUUUUGUGUGUUACGUUAACAAAUCGAUGGACUUUUUCUUCCUUCGGCCAGCAGGCACCAAGGGGAAAUGA